AUGAAUACCAAAACUAUUUUAAUGAAUAUUUCCUUUUGUGCGAGCUAAUAUAUGAAAACUUCCUUUCAAGCCUGCUCUCAUGUAGUUUUUCAUGCAAUGGAUUACAUUAAUCCCUUAGCUUUUAGCAACGAGAGAGCCGUAGGGUACUUUACCCGAAAUUCUAGCUUCUGUUAAAAGAAAAAGAAAAAUUAUAACCCUUCAUCAAAUAUUGACUUAUCAUUGAAACAAAGAUGACAAUAUACUUCGAUUACAAUUUCAAACUGAUCACAGCUCGUUGACCUUUGCAAACGCACAUCAUAUGGGUAGAAACGUUAAGAUAAACAUGUAGGAACUUUAGGUGAACUGGUGGAGUGACCCUAAUUAAGGCGACCCGCCACUCACUGCCUUCUUGUGACCUCCAAUCCCCCCACCGCCUCCAAAUCCACCGCCGCCUCCAAACCCGCCACCAUUGCCGAAGCCACCGCCAGCUCCCCCGCCAUAUCCGCCACCCAACCCUGCACCUCCUCCAACACCGCCACCUGCGCCACCGCCAUAACCACCACCGGCACCAGCGCCAACGCCGCCACCUACGCCGCCCCCAUAGCCACCACCAGCACCACCUCCAUGCCCACCACCUACACCGCCUCCAUAGCCGCCACCAGCACCACCUCCAUGUCCGCCACCGGCACCACCACCAUACCCGCCACCGGCACCACCCCCAUGCCCACCGCCUGCACCACCUCCAUACCCGCCACCGGCACCACUGCCGUGUCCACCACCAGCGCCGCCUCCAUACCCACCGCCAGCGCCGCCUCCAUGGCCACCACCUAUCCCGCCUCCAUACCCACCGCCAGCGCCGCCUCCAUGGCCACUACCUAUCCCGCCUCCGUAA